AUGCAGGAAACUAGUUUCUUACACCUCGUAUACGUACACCAACCUCUAAUUAUGGCAGCAGAUGAAGAUUUGUCGUAUUCUGAUGAUGCGUAUGAAGUUGAAGAUAAAGAGGAUCCUGAUGUAAUCAAUUCAGCAGACCCUUAUAGCGACUAUCAUCAACAAAUACUUUUCUAUCGUAACUUUGACUCUGUCGCAGGACGAGGUCUUCAGAGACCUAAGACACGCAGACGAAGAUGGACUCAGCGAGAUAUGACUAAUGCAUAUAAUGCUGUCAAAUAUCAAGGAAUGUCUUUGCGUGGUGCUGCUACCGCUUUUAAUGUCCCUGAGUCGACUCUUCGAGACAGAGUUCAUGGAAGAGUUAGUUUAGAGUGCUCUCGACCUGGUCCUCCAACAUUUUUCACUUACGAAGAAGAAAAGAAAAUGGUCGAUCAUAUUUUAUUCAUGAGUAAAAUUGGUUAUCCGUACACAAGGAAUCAGGUUGUCGAACUUGCUGGAGAUAUGACAAAGGCUGUUGGAAGAAUCGCUCCAUUUAAGUAUCUUAAUCCGAGUCAGGCAUGGUUUUAUGCGUUUCUUAACCGUUGGCCAGACUUGAAAAACUUCUUGUUCGGACCUCGAAGCAAUAGGAAGUCUAAAGGAGUUUCAGGGGAUUCAAUACAGUCUUACUUUGAACAACUGGAAAAGGUUCUUAAUAAAUAUGGCAUCAAAGACAAAGCAGAACAUUUUUGGAUUGUUGAUGAAGUAAGCAUAAGCUGUGAGAAUCAACCUCCACGUAUUCUUCCUAUCAGUAUACAACGAGCUCAGUCUGUAAGCUAUUGGAAUCCAACUGUAGCUAUGCUUGGAGCUGCUAAUGCUGUUGGCGAAAAAAUUCCCCCAUUUUUGAUUUAUCGUGGUGAUGGGAUAACAUCAACUAUGAUGGAAGGUUCUGUACGUGGUACCAAAUUCUCUUACUCAUCAUCUGGCUGGGUUAAUUCUGAUGCUUUCAUACAAUGGUUCCUUAAACAUUUCCGAGUACUGGUAUCUGUUCGUCCAAUUAUUCUGUUUUAUGAUGGCCACUUACAAUUUGUCAGUGUUCGUGUAUUAGAGCGUGCGCGUGAAGAUGGUGUUUUAUUGUUUCCACUUCCUCCUCAUCCAGCCUAUAAUCACUGUGUAGAAAAUACAUGUUUCUGGGCAUUCCAGGGAUACUUCAAAAGACGUUUGGAUCGCUUUUUCGAAAAAAAUCCUAACCAACCACUUGUACGCAAUAAUGCUUCUCCAGUACUAACACAUGCUUAUGAAAAAGCCCUAAAUGCUCAGAACAUGAUCAUUUUAUUUGAAAGAUUGGGAAUUUGUCCGUUUAAUAAUUUAUCCGCAUCUAUUGGUGCAUAUACUACUAUGCAGAUAGAAGAUUACGAACAAGGUAGUAUGACUGGAGAAAAUAAUGAUCCAUAUCUAAUGAAUGAAGCAAUGAACCCUUACCACCCACCAAGCUACCUCAACUAUGUAAAUACAAACACUAUAAAUGGUGGCGAAUCAAAAGAUCAUAUUAUCAAUACUUCUAUUGAUCCAUGUUAUCCAAACUCUACUUUGCCUAAGUUGACCACUCCUGCAACAGAAAACCCUCAAAAUAUUUUAACAUCUAAAUCUAAUGCAUUCAAUUGCAAACAGAAUGUGUCAUCUCAUGAAAAUAAUUUCAAAACAACGCAUGCUGUUGUAACACAGUAUUCUCCUUCUGGACGAUCGGUAACUAUACGUUUGCAUGGUCCUGCAGCAGGUGCUAUUCAGCCCGUCUCAUUGCAUGAUGAACCAAUAUCUCGUCUUAGCAAAGAUGCUCCACCUUUGGAUACUUUCGCUAGUUCAGAUGUAAAUAUUUCUCAUGAAGAGGAAGUGGGUUGUGAAACAUCUAGUUCACAAACAGUACCGAAUGAAACACGCUUUAAUGCAGGUCAACAUAUGCGGUUGUCUCAAGCAGAUAGUGCAAAAUUCCCUGUUAACAAAGAAGUUGUUGAAAGUAUGGAUGGCAUAGAAGAUGGCGAAGCACUUGACUUUUGUGUUGUUUGUGGCCAGUUGGAACCACCAGAAUUAUCUUGUCAACCGAAUCCUAACCAGACAAAUUCAAAUGAAUUACAGGUAAUCGACUGGGCCCAUUGUGAUUAUUGUAAUCAUUGGGUGCAUUUAAACAGUUGUUGUAGUGAAGGAGCUGUAAUUGGUGAUAAUUCAUUUAUGUGUGUUGUUUGUCGGAAUUCUGGGAUUGGCGAGAACAUUAAAAAUCUUCAUGAGGAAACUGAAUCACCGGAAAAGACUGAAGAGACUGAACAAUCAACUAGUGAUAAAUCUUAA